GUUGCUCCGCGGUGCUGGUUCCUGCCGCUCUCACUUUGCGUCUGCCCUCGCACCUGCAUCUCCAGCGCUCCUUUACUGUUGUGCUUUCGUUGCAUUUUGCGGGUUUUGUUCACGUUUUUCGGCAUUUUGCGCAAAGAUGCUGGCUUGUACAGAGAUAAUCACCAUGUGUUUGCAAUCCGCCAAACACAAGCACCUCCAGGAGCAGCAGCAGCAGCAGCAGCAGCAGCCACCGCAGCAGCAGCACCUGCCCGGACAGGGACUCACCAUCUUCCACGAUAUAUUCCGGCGUGCGGACAAGAACGACGAUGGAAAGCUGUCGUUCGAUGAGUUCAAUGCCUACUUUGCAGAUGGCAUCCUGACGACCGAGGAGCUGCAGGAGCUGUUCUACUCCAUCGACGGACGCCAGAACAACAAUUUGGACACCGACAAGCUCUCAGAUUACUUUUCCCAACACCUGGGUGAAUAUCUCAACGUGCUUUCAUCGCUGGAGAGUCUGAACAUUGCUAUUCUUAAGGCCAUGGAUAAAACUAAAGAGGAGUACCAGGGCUCUAGCGUUCUGGGUCAGUUCGUCACACGCUUCAUGCUCCGGGAGACGUCGAGCCAGCUGUCGUCUCUACAGAGGUCACUGCAGUGCGCCAUGGAGGCAGUGGAAGAGCAGAGCAGCCCGGCCCCAAGAGAAGCAAAGACCACUGACUUGACAACGGCACCGAGAAACACCAGACUCUGCGGUCAGAAGAUCCAUAACAAUCUAUGCUUGUCCCCGUCUGACCCCCGCUCUGUCCUGACCAAUGGUUUGACUCUGGACCACGAGGAGAACUGGUGCUCCCAGAUCAACAAGCUCCAGCAGCUCCUGGACAAGCUUGAGUGUCAGGGUCCUAAGUUGGAGCCUCUCAACGAAGACACACUGGCCAGCACAUACAAGUCUAACAUCCUGCUGGUUCAGAGGCAGAUGUCCGUAAUUGAAGGUGAUGUGGACAAAUUUCAGAUGGUUCUGAAGAGCUACCUCGCAGCCACCGCAGCUCAGACCGACAACCUGCAUGUGUCCGUUCAGAAGCUCCCUGGAAAGUCCUGUUACAUAAUGUAUGAGUUCUGGCAGGAUCGUCUCUCCUGGAUGAGCUACCUCCAGUCCAACAGCAGUAAAGAUUUCCAGCGCUGCGUUAUCGAUAUGCUGGAGGAUGCUGAAGUCGUGUCCACUAUGCUGCUCCCAGCUUCCUGGUGGAUCAUGUCCAACAACAACAACUGAUCUCCCGAUGUUCCUCCUGCCUGCACUUUUACCAACAAAGAGAAGCCAGCGCCCUGUCCGCCCUCACACUUACACCACGGGGAUUACCACAGCGCCCCCUAGCACCAUCUCUCUGAAGUUCUCCUCUUUCCAUUGCUAAUAAGGAGAUAAUUCUGUGCACCCUGCCUGUCCAUAGACUUGAAAUCAACCAGCUCUCUGCAAUGCAAAACCACUUUUUUCCCAUCGUCAUCUAAAUUGUAUUUUGCUCAUGUAUUUUCUGUUGUAUCGUUCGUCUUAUAUAACGAGAAAUACAAUCCAACACAGCACGAUGUCCAUAUAGGUUAUAGAGCAAGUGGAUUAUUUAAAGUGCAUAUGACAGGUUUUCGUGUAUAAUACGUACUUUGUUUGGUGGGAUAGUACCUGUGCUAAAUAUUUAUCAUAGGCUGUGUCCGAAUGUCCACAUUAUUCCCAAGUUAAGGCACUAGUUAGGAGUUACUAAUGGUGUUAGAAUGUCCAGUUGGUGAAAAAGUAGUGGAUAUGAAAUUUCCCACAGUGCAUCUUGAAAAGUAGUGUCCAACGCUGGUCACUAGAGUGUUCAAUAUAGGCCACAGCACAUAACGAGUUGGAAAAACCAGGAGACAGCGACAGGUCUUUAUUUGGACACAGUGCGACUGAAUGAAAGCAAAUAGCAGCACUGGAUUACUGCACUGCUGACCCUUGAUUAUGAAUAAACCACUCAUAAAUAAACUCUUAAUGUGUAGCCUCUAACCUUACCUUGAAUGGUUAAAACAUCAAAAAUUUCCACAUCUCAGACAAAAAAACUGAACAAUCCAUCCUAUAUUGGCAAAAAUGUGUUUGGUUAGCUGGAGUUUGCUGUUUAUUUUUAUUUCUUUUAGUUCACGUGACCCAAAUUUUAAGCGAAUGCUCGAAACGCUCUAUGAUUGACUGCACUAAAUUGUCAGAGUAGUAUGGGGAGGGUUAGGGAAUACGGCGGAUAUUUGGACACAGCCAUAGUCAAGUGGCAGUUUGUAAAGAAAAGUUGAAAAACUAGCUGAAAAAUACAGGAAGCAGAGCUCAGUUCUAAAAAGACUAGACUAAAUUCCAACCAAAAUGCUAUGGCAGUUUAAACCUUCAUUUAACACAAUAAAGAUGUACUCCUAUAUUUUUAUUUGUCAAUUUUUAAUAUCUGUUGUGUAAAUUAAAUGCGCUUUGACCCUUGUUUACAGUACGGUUGCUAGGUAACAGUUAUACCUCUACUUGUCUACUUAUGUCACAUCUUCUGCCAAUGCUCAACCAGGAAGUAAGCUUGGGAAAUCUAACGACAUUUUAAUGAAAAGUAUAGUAUAACCUGUCUAAUGUACUUUAAAACAUAGUGUUUUUUGAGCUUUUAAUGAGUUGUUUUACUAUAAGGGAAAGCGGAUAUGAACAUGCAUGUUUAUAAGCCCUGUCAUGUCAUGUAUAAUCUAUUUAAUGUAUAAUACUAUUGCAAUGUUCUAUGUCGCUACCCUGUUCUGUGCACUGAAUGCUGUAGUUACUUUGCGUGUCAUGACAAUGGGAUAAAUUGUGCUCAAAUAUUUAUUAAAAGUACAUUAGUUAUUAUUACAUGCUACGUAACUAUACACUACUCUAAUAAUCAUCUGUACAUAUUGUAAAACAUGUCAACCUGCUAUUAAUUUGAAAAUGACUGUAAUAAAAGCAAUAGAAAUGUCAG